GAGAGAGAGAGAGAGAGAGAGAGAGAGAGAUGGAGAUGUCUGGAGGGUGUAGGGGGGGAUAGGGGCAGAGCUGCUGGCAUUUGGUCUCUGAAGAACUCAGCAAUCAAUCCCUCGCCCUUUUUUAAAAGCUUCUUCGUGUUCUUCCCCUGUCGGCGACUUUUCCGGUCACGCCUCUCUUCCCUCUUCUUCCCCCGCCGUCUCUUUCCUUUCCACUUUCCGGCCGCCUCGGCGGCGGCUAGCUCUCACCCCAAGUCCACGAAUCUCUUUUCCCAUUUUUCCAUUCAUUGAAAAGUUUUCUGGGAAAAUAGUUUAUUUCUAAGCGAGCUGAUCUGAGCUGAGCUCGCCCCGGGAAGUAACUCUACUCUCGAAUCUUCGAUCUUCCAUCAGCUAAUAAGAGCUACUCCGAGCUUGACGAAAAUCGUUUAUUUGUUGUUUACGGUUGCCUGAAACUGUACGGAGGACCGAUUAACGCCGGCGAGAUGCAACGGUAGAAGUUUAGGACCAGUUCUCCGUUGAAGGCGAUUCGUAAGAGGGUGCAGUUGCCGGAACCCGCUCAAUGAAGACGCCGCCGAACGGCGCUCCAGUUGCCGCCGUGUUGACCAACGCCAAUUCCUGCGAAGGGGAGAAGAAGAACAUAAACCCAGAGCUAUGGCAAGCGUGUGCAGGGCCUCUGGUGAACUUGCCACCGGCGGGGACACACGUUCUGUAUUUUCCUCAAGGACACAGCGAGCAAUUAUGUUUUCAGGUUGCUGCAUCCAUGAAGAAGGAUGUGGAUGCUCAAAUUCCAAAUUAUCCAAAUCUUCCCUCAAAGCUACUAUGCCUGCUUCUUAACGUCACACUGCAUGCGGACCCAGAAACAGAUGAAGUAUAUGCUCAGAUGACCCUCCAGCCAGUUCCCUCUUUUGACAAGGAAGCAUUGGUGAGAUCUGAUCUUGCGCUCAAGACAAAUAAACCACAGACUGAGUUUUUCUGUAAAACACUGACAGCGAGUGAUACAAGCACUCAUGGAGGAUUCUCCGUACCCCGCCGUGCUGCUGAAAAAAUUUUCCCUCCUCUUGAUUUCUCUAUGCAACCACCUGCUCAAGAACUUGUCGCAAAGGAUUUGCAUGAUAAUUUGUGGACCUUCCGCCAUAUCUAUCGUGGACAACCAAAACGCCAUUUGCUGACAACAGGGUGGAGCCUGUUUGUUAGUGGAAAGAGGCUUUUGGCAGGUGACUCAGUCUUAUUCAUUAGGGAUGAAAAGCAGCAGCUUCUCCUGGGUAUCAGACGGGCAAACAGGCAACCUGCCAAUUUAUCAUCAUCAGUGUUGUCAAGUGACAGCAUGCAUAUUGGGAUUCUAGCUGCAGCAGCCCAUGCAGCUGCUAACAAUAGCCCCUUUACUGUGUUUUACAAUCCAAGGGCUAGUCCAUCAGAAUUUGUUAUUCCUUUGGCCAAAUACUACAAGGCAGUAUACAGCAACCAAAUAUCCCCGGGCAUGCGCUUUCGGAUGAUGUUUGAAACUGAGGAAUCAGGAACAAGAAGGUAUAUGGGUACAAUUACAGGUAUCAGUGAUCUAGAUCCAGUUAGGUGGAAGAACUCGCAAUGGCGUAAUUUGCAGGUUGGCUGGGAUGAGUCAACUGCUGGGGAAAGGCGCAACCGGGUUUCAAUCUGGGAGAUUGAACCUGUGACAGCCCCAUUUUUCUUCUGCCCACCUCCAUUUAUUAGACCAAAGCGUCCAAGGCAACCGGGAAUGCCAGAUGAUGAAUCAUAUGAACUUGAUAACCUAUUCAAAAGGACAAUGCCUUGGCUUGGGGAUGAUAUCUGCGUGAAGGAUCCCCAGGCUUUGCCUGGCCUGAGUUUAGUUCAGUGGAUGAACAUGCAGCAGAAUUCUUCCAUUAACUCUAUCCAGCCAAAUUACAUGAAUUCCCUAUCUGGAUCUGUUCUGCAAAACCUUGCUGGUGCUGAUCUUUCCCGUCAGUUAGGUUUGUCAGCACCACACAUUCUCCAACAGAACAAUUUACAACUAAAUGCCCAGAGGCAACCACAGCAAGUGCAACAGCAUGAACAGCUUUCGAAGCUACCACCCACACUAAACCAAUUGAGCUCCAUUCUACAGCCACAGCAACAGUUAACUGAAAUUGCUCAGCAACCAAGGCAAAAUUUGAUUAAUCAAACUUUACCCUCAACACAAGUUCAGGCCCAACUUUUGCAACCUCAAGCUCUUGUCCAGUCACACAAUAUUCUUCAGCAGCAACCUUCUGCUCAGAAUCAUCAGCUCCACAGGAAUCUCCCACAAAACCAGGUGCACCAACAGCAACAAGCACAGCAGCAACAAAUUGCACCUCAAAAUCAGCAGCAAAACCUGAUGCCAUCUCAGGUGCCUGAUCAAGUGACCCAUCAUCAGUUGCAGAUGUCUGACAACCAAAUUCAGGUUCAACUGUUACAGAAACUUCAGCAACCACGGCAAUCGCUUUUUUCACAGCAGUCUACGAUGCAACAGCCUUCUCAACUUAUCCAAGAUCAACAGAGGCAGCUUUUAGAUGUGUCUCAGAGCUUUUCUCGGUCUGUGAUGCCCACCCAGAUGCUGGAAAUGCCUCAAGCAACUGCCACCACUCUUCCACAGUCUCAUAUCAUACCACAGCAGAUGAUGAAGAAUAACAGCCAAACAAAUAUUCAGAUCCCCAAUCAGCAGCAGAAGCUUCCGCAGCAGCAACCUGGCUUGUUGCCUGAUUUGCCUGUGCAUGUUGGGCUAUCCCCAACCCCAACAACGACUAAUCAACUCUCUACAGUUGGUAGUGGUAUGGCUGCAGGAGGGGGGCAAUCUGGCAUUACUGAUGAUGCUCCAUCCUGCUCUACAUCACCUUCCACAAACAACUGCCCAAAUGCAGUUCAGUCAAUAAUGAAUAGUAGAACCCAUCGAAGCAUGACUAUGGGGGAGGAGAUUACUCAGUCCUCUGCCAUGCUCUUGAGUCCAAGUGGAUUGGAAGCUAUGACAGCCAGUGCUAACUUAGUUAAGGAUUUGCAGCAGAAAUCAGAUAUCAGGCCUUCGUUAAACAUAUCUAAGAGUCAAAAUCAAGGAUUUUUCUCUCAACCAACUUAUACAAAUGUUGGCGGAGGCCAGAUGGAUUACCUGGAUACGUCGUCUUCAGCAACUUCAGUUUGCCUCUCUCAGAGUGAUGCCCAUUUACAGCAGAACAACCACCCUUCAUCUAUUAGUCAGCACUCAAUUUUAUUCAGAGACACAAGUCAAGAUGGGGAUGCUCAGGCUGAUCCCAAAAACAGUGUUCCAUUUGGUAGUAGCAUUGAUGGCCAGCUGGGAAUACCCUUAGUUUCUGACUCUUUGCUAACAAAGGGCAUGAUAGGUUCGGAGAAGGAUUUCUCAAACAAUGUGUCUUCAGGAAGCAUGCUUGCCAACUUUGAGAACUCCAAAGAUGCUCAACAGGAACUUUCAUCCUCAAUGGUCUCCCAGUCAUUUGGAGUUCCAGAUAUGACGUUCAAUUCAAUUGAUUCCACUAUAAAUGAUGGUAGCUUCAUGAACAGUGGUUCCUGGGCCCCAGCACCUCAACUUCCACGGAUACGGACAUUUACUAAGGUGUACAAGCGUGGAGCUGUUGGGAGAUCUAUUGAUAUCACCCGUUAUUCAGGAUAUGAUGAACUUAAACAAGACCUGGCUCGUAGAUUUGGUAUAGAGGGACUGCUGGAGGACCGACAGAGGAUAGGCUGGAAACUUGUGUAUGUUGAUCAUGAGAGUGAUCUCUUGCUAGUGGGAGAUGACCCCUGGGUGGAGUUUGUGAACUGUGUCCGCCAUAUUAGGAUCCUGUCCCCUCAAGAAGUCCAGCAGAUGAGCUUGGAUGGCGUUCUUCCCAAUCAAGCAUGCAGCAGCUCUGAUGGUGGGAAUGUUUAAUGUACCCUUCCAGACUUCUAGUGAUUCUCAUGAAGGAUAAAAAGGUUACUUAUAUUCCUAGUAAAAUCCUGUUGAAUGGCUCUCCAAUGAUUGACAUUUUAAUCAUUGCUCAGUUACCUGUCGCAUCAAAUCUUGAAGGCCCAACUGAAGGUAGUGGUGAUUGGGUUGAAGAAUGAAACAUGGACAGUUGGAGUUGGUUUCUUAAUUUUAAUACCAGCUCAGGAAUUACAGAUGGCCAUGGGUGAGGGGAACAUGUGGUAGCUGAUAAAUUAAUUGGCAGAACUGACUGGUCUUAAGUGCUACUAGAUGAAGGUGCAUUCCCCAGCUUUUGAUGACCUUGUCUGGCAUGCAUUACCAUAUCUUGAUAUACUGGUAUGCUUGUUAGGAGGUCAGUUGGUUUGUUGUUACCCUUUUAGGAGUUUAAACUUAAUUUCCACUCGGCUGCAUUGUAGAAAGCAAAAGCUUAAAAAUUUGUAUGGCUUAGUUUCGAUUGUAUAGAUGUGUAGAAUUCUUGUACAAGGCUCCGGGUAAAACACAAAUGGAAAUUUCUUAUGCAGA